AUGGCCCCUCGUCGCCAGCACCGCUUCCCUCGCGGAGAGACUUGCUCCGAAUGUCCCGCGCGGAGAUGGUAUCACGAAAACGGACUUCGGUACUGUGAGAAUGGUCAUCAAGUUGAGGGCUACGUCCAAUUCGACAUCGACGAGGAUGACAACUUUGGCAAAACAGGCCGCAUCGCCCGCAAAAAGAAGGAGGCGCGGCACAGAGAGAGAAAACACCUCUCGGGAAACGAGGCCCGCGAGCUGUUCCUCGAGUGUCUGCAGCUGCUGCUGCGGAAGCAGGUGCUCUGGCUCGUGAGGCGGAAGGGCCUCCACCCGGAUCUGGAGGCGGUGGUUCGGGACUUGUGGUACUUGAGGGUCAGGGGGUUUGAUGGGCUCUCUAGGGACAGAAAAGGGAAGAAAGCGGCGGAACGGGGAGGUGAUGGAGGGGAUGGGGAGGGGUUGGUCAUGUUUAGUUCGCAGGCCAAGGUCGAAGAGAAUGAAGGGAAUGGGAAGGACGAAGGGGAGGAGAUGGGGUGGGCGAGGAGGAGUCAUAGCUGGAGAGGGGAGGUUUGGGCGUUGCCUGGAGUGAUGGAUACGCUGGGGUUGGUGUAUUUGGGGUGCGUGCUGAGGCAGGAGCCGGUGAGGAUGGGGGACCUGUUUCGGUGGGCGAAGAAUGGCCAGAUACCGUUUCUGGGGGCGAUCGACUACAUACCAAAAGAGUGGCGGGACCGGUUGCCUGGCUGGGCUCAUCACGCUCUGCUGACCAGAUAUGCCAGGUUCCAGGGCGGCGAGCUGCACAGGGCGGUCAUGGAUUUGAUGCUGGGGUACGAAGAAAACCAUGGCUUGGUCUUCCCGGCGAUACCGGCAGCGCCUCUGCUGUUUCUUUACGUCAGGGACUUGGCACUCCCUCCCGAGGUGCACCCAGUAGCUCAGAAGAUCUGCCGUCUUGACAUGAGCUUCUCCUUCCCGACAAGAGGCCAUUCCCCCAAACGAUACUCAAUCUUCGACAUCCCCGAGGUGCUAUUGGUGGCUUCCAUCGUCGUAGCCACGAAACACAACUACCCCCUCGACGGCAUUGAACGGCUUCCUCGUGACCCCAGCGAUCCUCUCUGCCUUCAGAUGGACUGGACAGUAUGGGAAUCAGAAUUCAAGAAACACCCUGAGAAGAAGCCUGGGAUACUGCAAUAUGAGCACAUGGACCCGCAGGAGAUAUGGUCCAUAACCAAAGAGGACAUGAAUGAGCUGCUGAAUUGGUUUCAAGAGACUCAGCUGGAAAAGAAACCGACAGACGAAACCGAGCUGGAACGUCUCUUCCCGCUCCAGGAUAUCCCGCCACUUCCUGAGAUACCAGAAGUAUCACAGGAGGAACUUGAAGAAAGAGUGAAAAGAGUUCAGCGUGCCAUGAAGAGAGUAGAACCACGAGCAGACACAGAGGCCAUGGGGGAGACCAUCAAGCGGUUGGGCUCAGAUUACCGGAGCUAUAAGGAACUGGAUGAGCUUGAGGGGACUGCCAAGCGGUUAUUCGAGGUGGCAGCAGAGAUUGCAGGGUUAAGACUACGAGAUCUUGUCCGAGCAGUCUACAGGCUUGAGCAGCUGCUGAUGGCCUGGCAGCAGAGGGAGAAGCGUCGACUGAAGGGGGGGAAAGUGGGAGAUGGAGAAUGA